AUGAUGGAUAGAGAACUUCUAAAAAAUGAAGAUAUGUGGUCACCGUUUAAGGAGCUUCAGUCAUUUGUUGAGGGCGUAGUCUCACAGCCCAUUCAUGGAGUUUUACAGAAAGUCCAAGAAGUGCUGAGGAAACAUAAACAGAAUUUUUUGACAUUGCUGAAAAAUCCGCCAAAGAAUUCCCAGCAUAGAGAAGAGCUACGAAAAGGAAUUACGGAAGGUAUAAUGCUUCCAGGCAUUGGCCAUCAAACUCUGUCGAAGGAGAUAGUGGAUGAAGCAAUAAUAAUUUCAGACAUGUACGAUCUUAACGAGUUCGUCGCCCUUGACUUACUGUGCACAGCUCAGCAGCGCAUGCCUCAUCACCCAGGUCUGCCUCGAGGACUGGUUGCUGUCUUGCUGUACUAUGAUGGCAGGCGUGCCUUAGUCUAUGCUUUGCGUGCAUUAGUGCAGGCUCGAAAUGGAAUUUCGUGGACUGUGAGUUCAACUGAGGAGGUCACUAGAUAUAUCACGCGUUAUACCCAGGAGCUGAUGGAUCAUGGUGUAAUAAAUCGGAUACUGGGUUUAUUAGAAACAAUGGAUUUGACCAGUGAACUUGAAUUACUUCAACAAAACCGUGCUAUUGGGGGUCCAAGGCACCAACGACAGAUCCUGGAUAUGUUCCAGGAUAUUCGGCAGGGUUUGGCUGAUACUGUCUACUGUUGGGCUGCUCAGUGUGGACUUCCUCGUGAACCAACAUUUCGUUUAAUGGGAGUGCUUAAAAAUUUGAAGAUAGAAGAUGAUCCGGCAGGAGGAAUUGACAGUGUUACCUUAGCUUUAGAAAUGGCCUUACUAUAUGCUGUGGAUCUUAGCAUUAUUCAGAAACGUGAAGAUGGUGAGGAUGUAGUGAAGAAUUUACCACUCUUGGCAGAAGCUGAUUUUCUACGUGAGCUGGUACGGGAACUCACGCCUUCUGGUGGUCAGGUUUGGCAGUGCACAGGACUGCAGGCUUUGACCCAGUUUGCUGUUUCUCUGAGUCUUGCGACUCUGCGAAGAGCUCCUCAAAAUCUACAGCCAUUUGCAUUUUCAGAAGAGGAUGAAAUUCUUGUUGACUCUGCAAUAGAGCUUAAUGUAUUUGAUUUCCUCCAUCAGACCUUCCUUAUCAAUGAUUCUUUGUAUAAUGAGGCAUUCUACUUGCAAAGAUUACACACACUGAUUACAGACUUCAUCAUGUUCAUGCCUUUCAAGGUCAAAGAACUUCGAAAUCGGGCAGAUGAAACUGCCCGUACGAUGCAAGUGUAUAUGCAGUGGCUGAAGAUAGAUGAGCUGAUAGAACAAGAGCGUCAAAUACGCCACAUGAUGGCGAGCAGGGCAGGUGUUCUUGGUCUGAUGCUGCAUUCCACGUACAAUCACGACCUCAUGGAGCAGAUGACGUCAAAUCAAGACCGACAGCAGUAA